UCGCGGUAUCGGAUACAGUGACAGGUGGUGGGGGUCUGUGGCUGAAACAGUCGUGUAAAAGUAUCGAAGGAUCAUUGUUCGUGGCUCGAGCUUCUCGUUUAAACAGUAUUACCUCUUGUGAUACAAAAAUGUCGAAAUACACGAUUGUAAUGGUCCGUCACGGCGAGAGCGAGUGGAACAAGUUGAACUUGUUCUGCGGAUGGUACGAUGCUGAUUUGUCUGACAAGGGUAAAACUGAAGCAGUGUCUGCGGGUAAAGCAAUAAAGGAAGCAGGAUUGACAUUCGAUAUUGCACAUACGUCGGUACUGACUAGAGCACAAGAAACUCUGAAGUCAAUUCUUAAAGAAUCAAACCAAGAAAACAUUCCUGUUAGUAAGACUUGGCGUUUAAACGAGCGUCACUAUGGUGGUUUAACUGGAAUGAAUAAAGCAGAAACAGCGGCAAAAUAUGGCGAAGAACAAGUACAAAUCUGGAGGAGAUCGUUUGAUAUACCUCCUCCUCCGAUGGAAAAAGAUCAUAAAUACUAUGAGACAAUAGUAAAAGACCAAAGAUAUGCUGGUGAACUGAAAGAAGAAGAGUUUCCUAAAUUCGAGUCCUUAAAACUGACAAUUGAAAGAACAUUGCCUUAUUGGAAUAAUACAAUUAUUCCGCAACUGAAGGAGGGAAAGAAAAUCAUUAUUGCUGCUCAUGGAAAUAGUUUGCGUGGCAUUGUGAAGCAUUUAGACCAAAUGAGCAAUGAUCAGAUCAUGGGUUUAAACCUGCCAACUGGUAUUCCAUUUGUUUAUGAAUUAGAUGAAAACUUUAAACCUGUUGUGUCCAUGAAGUUCUUAGGUGAUGAGGAAACUGUGAAGGCUGCAAUUGCAGCAGUUGCUGCACAAGGGAAAGCCAAGUGAAACUGAAUAACUAUGAAACAGAAACUUCGUUAUUACUAUGAAAAAUAUUGACUAGUUUAUAGUUUGAUCAUUGUUGCAAUAUUUAUUUUCAACAUUAGAAAGAUUUUUUGCAGUAAGGGUUCGAAAUUCUAUAUACAAUCAUAAUGUAUGAUACAAAAUAUUUAUUGAAAAUCAUUAUAAAAAGCAUCAACAGAAAAAUGUAUAAAUAAAAUGUAAUUAUUU